AUGAAUUUUUCCCUUGAGACAUCAUGUGAGGUGACAGGAGAUGCAGGAAAAUCUGGUUUAAUUUUACAACCUUCACUUAUGGUACAGGCCAUACAAUUCCUGAUAGCCAUGUUUGUAUUCGAUGCAUGGCAGUACUUUCUCCACCGUUAUAUUCACCAUAACAAGUUCCUAUAUCGGACUAUUCAUUCAAGACACCAUAAGCUGAUAGUGCCUUGGCCCUUUGGAGCAAUGUACAACCAUCCAUUGGAGGGUUUUCUUAUAGUGUCAUAUCUCUUCUCAGGGAUGACACCCAGAACAUCUAUAUUCUUUUUCUCCUUUGUAAUAAUUAAGUGUGUAGAUGAUCAUUGUGGAAUACUGUUGCCUGGAAAUCCUUUCCACAUCAUUUUCCACAACAACACAGCAUAUCAUGACGUUCAUCACCAGCUGCACGGAGUGAAAUACAACUUUUCACACCCCUUCUUCAUAUUUUGCGACAAACUUCUUUGGACUCAUGAUAUGCCUUACACGAUUAUGAAACGACCAGAUGGUGGAUAUGAAGCUGCAUCAGCCAAAAUGCAAUAA